CCAUAGACUAUGAUCAUAUACAUGUAUACCCGGAGUCGACAUUUAAUAUCACUGAUCACUGUCSGACCCAUUAUAAAGUGGGAAACAAAAAUAUGUUUAUUACGGAAACUUUGAGAAAACAAGUUUGCUUUGAUCAACACUUGGAUAUUGAACCGUUGCAAAAGUGUUUUACUGAUGACUAUGUAAAUAAUCCAUGUUUUGUCAAUUGUUAUAAAGAAGUUGAUGAUCCGGCCUAUAAAUGUGCGACCAUUGAAGACAAUCGUAGGUUUCGAAUGGUGGGUGCAGAUUGUGGACCAUUUUAUUAUUGUAAUUCAAAUGGUUGCUGUGAUCUAAAGCCAACUCCACCCGUAACAACUACUACACCAACAUCGACGACAACACAUACCGAUCCAUCUACAGAGCCGACCACUAAACCACCGGUAUUUACAUGCAGUGAUUUCGGCAAUUUUACAGACACUAAGAGUUCCCAUAUGUACUGGAGUUGUGAUUAUGAGAUUCAAGUAUUUGAAUGUAAAUAUAAUGAGAUAUUUGAUGAAUUUAAGGGCGAGUGUGUCGUUGACUACAAGCGCUAUAUAUCAUGUGACGGAAGAGUCGGCUAUUUUGCUAAUCCUUAUAAUUGUCAUCAAUAUUACCAUUGCUUUACUUCUGAAGACAAGUACUUUGAAGAGUCAAUAUAUAUAGAGUUUGAUGACUGUCCUCUCGAUAAUAGUGGUCAUCGCAUGACAUGGAAUAUACAAUACAAUAACUGUAYCCCUAUUAAUGACACUCAGCCUUGUCAUGAUAGGCCACUACCACCUGAAAACUAUUUGAGUUUCUAUGAAAUUGAUCAUUCAUUUAGUAAUACAUAA